AUGGGUAGCUAUCAGCAUACCCCUCUAGCCUCGAAUACGUCAAUCCGAGUCGUCGAUCUACUGCCUGCGUGGAAGAGAGCCGCCCCACUGCGUUGUCGCAUCCGCGAAAUUGAUAUUGGCGAUAGACUUGGCCGUCUUCCAUACGAGGCUCUAUCAUAUGUUCGGGGUUCUCGUCGGGGUACAAUACCCAUCACCUGUGACGGAAAGCAACUCCUCAUCACACCCAACUGCCGCGAUGCGCUCAUCCACCUGCGCUCCAAAUAUUGUACCCGGACAUUAUGGAUUGAUUCUAUCUGCAUUGACCACAGGGACACUGAGAAUGCAAUUUUUGAACGUAAUGGCCAAGUCCUUAUUAUGGGUGAGCUUUACUCCAGGGCUUUACGGGUUAUCGUAUGGCUCGGCUUAGAAAAUAAAACCAUUCGGCGGUUAUUCCUAUGUAUAAGCUUAUACAAAAGCCUAACGCCCCUUUUAAAACGCCUUACGUUCCCAGCCUUCGAGGGAAAUCGCGAUCUUACCACUCAAAUACUAGACCUAAUAUGUUCUACACCAAAGUCUCAGAGCUUCAACCAAUGCUUAGAUCAAAUGCUUUGUAAUAGCUGGUUCGAGAGAGUAUGGACUGUGCAGGAGAUUGCUUUUUCACAGAAUUGCGUCUUUAUGAGCGGACAUGUCUCGGUAUCAUGGGACGCGUUCAGAGAACUCAUACUGUUUUAUUGGCUUAUCCGCCAAGAUAUAGAUGAUAGAAAACCCUUGGUAUCGUUGCGAUUCUAUAGGUUUCUCUUGGAUGAAUAUUCGAGACCCUCUAGCAAGGAAUGGACUAAGUUACGUUUGUCCGAGCGGCGCAAGGAAAUGGACUUACUGAAAGCCGUCAGGUGCUUUCAGGCCACCAUCCCUCACGAUCGACUGUACGAUUUACACGCCGUUCUUCCGACAUCACUAGAGCAAUUAUCAAUACCCGAGUUCUUGAAGCCUGCUGGCAACACUCGUCCCAUUGACACAACAGCUUACCAAUUUCUAGUCGGUUAUAUGAGCCACAGAGAUAACCGAGCGGGCCGGGAUUCAAAAUUUACUGUUCUUAAUGACCAGCCAAGGGGGAGUCUAUGUGUUAGAGGGAAACUUCUAGGCACCAUCAAACAAAAGGAAUCAAUGUCCCCGGCGGAAAUUCUAGAGCAAAGGAAAAGCCCAACUAAUAUUUCGGGGAUCGCACUCCAGGAGGUUUGUUAUAGAUGGUGUCGAGUCAUCGUUUCGAUGUCAAAUUAUCUCCCAACGGGCGAGAAACCCCUAGUUGCUCUCUGUGCAACCCUUACGUUUCACCGCCAGACAGGUAACUGUACAGAAGACGACGUUAAAGCCUGGUCCGACGGAGCGCUGCACCUGGAGUCUAUUUUCCCGCGCAACAGGAUUGGGGGUCGUGUACCCUCCUCAGAAGAGGAACUAUUCGCGGCUUUUGAAUAUUUGAUGCCGAUAGGAUACUAUGCCAUAGGUUUGCUGGAUACCGGCUACCUCAGCAUGGCGUACCACCAUUGCCAGGAAGGCGAUCAGGUCUUCCUCCUCGCUGGCUCGGAUGUUCCGAUCAUCUUGAGGCCUCACGGUCAUGAAUUUCGUGUGGUGGCUCCUGCAUAUGUUCAUGGCGUCAUGAAGGGGGAGGCCUGGCCGGAUGAUGAGAGCCAGUUGAGAGAUCUCAUUCUGGUGUAA